UCGUCAUUUUACAGAGCAACAAUAAUUUGUUGGAGAAAGGAAGUCUUUUCUUUAUUUUUUUGCCACUAAAAUGGUGGACUAUAGCCGAUGGGAUCACAUAGAGGUCAGUGAUGAUGAGGAUGAGACCCAUCCCAAUAUUGAUACUCCAAGCCUUUUCCGCUGGCGUCACCAGGCAAGAGUAGAGAGAAUGGAAGAAAUGGCAAAAGAAAGAAAAGCUAUGGAUAGCAAACUGGCAGAGAAAAGGAAAGAGCUGGAGCAACUGAGAGAAAAAUUAUCAAAUGCCAGUAUGUCAGAUAAAGAAGGAUUUCAAAAACAUUUAGAUAAAGCUGAAAGUGAGUUGAAAGAAUUAAAAAAGAAAGAUGAGGAACUGACAAAAGCUGAAAAGAAAGCUCCCAAGAAUGUAGACACACUUAGUCACGAAGGAUUCACUAAAACUAUCAUAAACCAUCCUAAACCAAAAGAAGAAGAAACAAUCUCAGCAGAAGAGCAAGAAAAGAGAAGUAAAGAGUUUAUGGAUAAAUAUGAGAAAGAAAUCAAGCACUUUGGGAUGCUGCAUGACUAUGUAGACAGCAAAGACUAUCUGAUUAAACACCCCUAUCUAACAUGUGACGAUACAGCUAACUACCUAGCACUAUGGUGUAUUAAUCUACAAGUACAAGAGAAAGAGUCAUUGAUGGAACGUGUGGCACAUCAGUGUAUCAUCAUACAGUACAUACUUGAACUAGCAAAACAACUUAAAUCAGACCCUAAGGCCACUCUUUCCUCUUUCUUUACUAAAAUUGUGAGGGCUAAAACUGAGUUCCCUGAGUAUAUGGAUGCAUUCAAURAUGAGCUACAGUCCUUCAAGAAGAGGGUUAGAGACAGAGCUGAAGCUAGAAUAGAAAAGGCAAUGAAAGAAGCUGAAGAGGAGGAAAGACAACAAAGGCUUGGCCCAGGAGGACUGGACCCUGUAGAGGUGUUUGAAUGCUUACCAAAGGAACUACAGGAUUGCUUUGACAAGAAAGAUGUGGGCUUAUUACAAGAGGUUCUUGGUAAAAUGCCAGAAGAAGAAGCACGAUCAUGGCUCAAGAAGUGUGUAGACUCUGGGCUGUGGAUUCCAAAUGCAGCUGAAACAGAAAAAGCACAYGCUGAAGGUGGUAUGGAUGCAGAACAAGAGGAAAAAAUGUAUGAAGAAGUAAAAGAACCAGAGUCUAAAUAAUAGAAUAAGACMUUUCAUGUGCCAUCCUACUCUCAUAUACUGUACAUGUAUGCUUAUUAUUAAAAAUAGAUACAUUUAAUCAAGUUUAGUAAGACUAAUAGGACAGAUAUUUAAAUUUUUCUCAUUGCUUGCWUGAAAUUGCAUUUCUUUGCUGUAAUAUUUAGAUUGAACCUAUUAUGAAACCCCUUUACCAGUACGCUUAAUGCAAAAUAUUGCCCUUUUACCAUGGACUUGCAGAUUGUWUUUGUCACCAUGGUAACUGUAAUAGAUAGUAAUUCUAUUACCAGGUGAUUUUGCUUCUCUAAUCCAGAACGAAUUAGCCAGUCAGCGAACAAUUUUUUCAUAGCUCAACAUUUUUCAUUUCCUGCUUUUUGGCUCGAUAAACAUCAGCUUUUACUCAAAAAUAGAUAAAUUAAAGCUUACCCAUGAAAAUAUUUACCAAAUAUUUUCUAAAAAUAAGCAAAAUUAAUUUUUGAUGUACUUUCAUAAUACUAAAAUUAUUGCUAAUAAUAAGYAUUUGUAGGAUUGUUUUAGUAUCAAUUGUCAGGAAAUCAUCAGGAACUGCAGGGGAGGGUUUGGGACUUUACCAGCAUGUAAAGUCUCUUAUAUUUCCAAUCCUAGACCCCAACCCUACUUUUUAGUCUGCCCCACAGUCUUUACAGAAUCAUUUGGACAGCUUAUUCUUGUCAUUCAAAUUUGAAAAGAGAAUAACAUAAUCUCUACUAUGGAGCUUUAAGCUUGCCCCAUGAUUAAAUUGUCUGUAAUGCAAUCUGUGGAACUGUCAUUCAUUAAAAAAUAAACAAAUUUCAAUAUUUAA